CUGCAGUGUCACGGGGUUUGCGCGGAAACUGAGGCAGUCCUCCCGCUCUGCACCCUCUGCCCCUAGUCGCCACCCGGACUUCUCCGCAGGGCGUGGGCGUGGCUGGGGAAAGCCUGGGGGUGAGGCUACGCAGGCGGCUGGGGAAGAGUCCCACGUGACCGAGAGGCGGGGUGUCCGCUCCCCAGCUGCGGCGUCUCGGGGGCGGAGCUGCUGCAGAGCAUCUCCUAGCUGGAACCGCGCUUUGUUCUUGCUGCCUCCUAGACCCGCCGGCGUCUGGGUCCAUCCCUGGCUCCUCUCUCGCUCCUCCGGCCCACCCCCUGCAUCUGGGCCCGCAUCCCUUUCCCCAGAAGCUCCGUCCCAGAUCCUGCCCUUGCCCCUCCCCCGGACUUCGGGCCAGCGCCCUUGCCUGGUAGGUAGCCUUCUAUCCAUCCCUCCCUCCUGCACCUUUUUCCCCUGGAUCCCUCUCCUGUCCCCCUUUUCCCAAGUCCGGGUCGUUCCGCCCCUCCGGACCGGGGAUGUCCCCCGUAGUCCUGGGCCCAUGGUCCUGACCCUGCUCCUCUCCGCCUACAAGCUGUGCCGCCUCUUCACCAUGUCCCGUCCCCGGCCAGGCGGUGAGCGACUAGCGGUGCCGGGGCCGGACGGGGGCGGCGGCGCGGGCCCGUGGUGGACCGCGAGCGGCCGCGGGCCNGCGGGCCCGUGGUGGACCGCGAGCGGCCGCGGGCCGCGCGAGGUGUCGCCCGGGGCGGGCACCGAGGUGCAGGGUGCCCUGGAGCGCGCGCUGCCCGAGCUGCAGCAAGCGCUGUCAGCGCUGAAGCAGGCGGGGGGUGCGCGGGCCGUGGGCGCCGGCCUGGCCGAGGUCUUCCAGCUGGUGGAGGAGGCCUGGCUGCUUCCGGCCGUGGGCCGAGAGGUAGCCCAGGGUCUGUGCGACGCCAUCCGCCUGGACGGCGGCCUCGACCUGCUGCUGCGACUGCUGCAGGCGCCGGAGCUGGAGACGCGCGUGCAGGCCGCCCGCCUGCUGGAGCAGAUCCUGGUGGCUGAGAACCGGGACCGUGUGGCGCGCAUCGGGUUGGGCGUGAUCCUGAACUUGGCAAAAGAGCGGGAGCCGGUGGAGCUGGCGCGGAGUGUGGCAGGCAUCUUGGAGCACAUGUUCAAGCACUCAGAGGAGACGUGCCAACGGCUGGUGACGGCUGGUGGCCUGGACGCAGUGCUGUACUGGUGCCGCCGCACGGACCCGGCGCUGCUCCGUCACUGCGCGCUGGCGCUGGGCAACUGCGCGCUGCACGGGGGCCAGGCGGCGCAGCGGCGCAUGGUGGAGAAGCGCGCCGCCGAGUGGCUCUUCCCGCUCGCCUUCUCCAAAGAGGACGAGCUGCUGCGGCUGCACGCCUGCCUCGCGGUGGCGGUGCUGGCAACCAACAAGGAGGUGGAGCGCGAGGUGGAGCGCUCCGGCACGCUGGCGCUCGUCGAGCCGCUCGUGGCCUCGCUGGACCCCGGCCGCUUCGCCCGCUGCCUGGUGGAUGCCAGUGACACAAGCCAGGGCCGUGGGCCCGACGACCUGCAGCGCCUCGUGCCGCUCCUUGACUCGUCGCGCUUGGAGGCGCAGUGCAUCGGGGCUUUCUAUCUCUGUGCCGAGGCUGCCAUCAAGAGCCUGCAGGGCAAGACCAAGGUAUUCAGCGACAUCGGAGCCAUCCAGAGCCUGAAACGCCUGGUUUCCUACUCCACCAAUGGCACCACGUCGGCGCUGGCGAAGCGCGCCCUGCGCCUGCUGGGCGAGGAAGUGCCGCGACCCAUCCUGCCCUGCGUGGCCAGCUGGAAGGAGGCCGAGGUCCAGACGUGGCUACAGCAGAUCGGCUUCUCCCACUACUGCGAGAGCUUCCGGGAGCAGCAGGUAGAUGGCGACCUGCUUCUGCGGCUCACCGAGGAGGAGCUCCAGACCGACCUGGGCAUGAAAUCCGGCAUCACCCGCAAAAGAUUCUUUAGGGAGCUCACUGAGCUCAAGACCUUCGCCAACUACGCUACGUGCGACCGCAGCAACCUGGCAGACUGGCUGGGCAGCCUGGACCCGCGCUUCCGCCAGUAUACGUACGGCUUGGUCAGCUGCGGCCUGGACCGCUCCCUGCUGCACCGCGUGUCCGAGCAGCAGCUCCUGGAGGACUGCGGCAUCCGCCUGGGCGUGCACCGCACCCGCAUCCUCACGGCCGCCAGAGAAAUGCUACACUCCCCGCUGCCCUGCACUGGCUGCAAGCCCAGCGGGGACAUCCCAGACGUCUUCAUCAGCUACCGCCGGAACUCAGGCUCGCAGCUGGCCAGCCUUCUGAAGGUGCAUCUUCAGCUGCACGGCUUCAGCGUCUUCAUCGAUGUGGAGAAGCUGGAAGCAGGCAAGUUCGAGGACAAGCUCAUCCAGAGUGUCAUGGGUGCCCGCAACUUCGUGCUGGUGCUGUCGGCCGGGGCCCUGGACAAGUGCAUGCAGGACCAUGACUGCAAGGACUGGGUGCACAAGGAGAUCGUGACUGCUUUGAGCUGCGGCAAGAACAUCGUGCCGGUCAUUGAUGGUUUCGAGUGGCCUGAGCCCCAGGACCUGCCUGAGGACAUGCAGGCUGUGCUCACCUUCAAUGGCAUCAAGUGGUCCCACGAGUACCAGGAGGCCACGAUCGAGAAGAUCGUCCGCUUCCUGCAGGGCCGCUCCUCCCGGGACUCCUCGGCAGGCUCUGACACCAGCUUGGAGGGGGCCGCACCCAUGGGCCCAACUUAACCAGUCCUUAGUUCCCAAGCCCUGCUGCGACCCCCAUUUCCAUCGUCCCUCCCGAAGAAGCAGCUCCUCAAACUGGCCUCUCUCAGCUGCAAACCACCCCCCACCCCGGGCCCUUCUCAGGAAACGGGGGUUGUUCUGCCCCCACCCUCACGGUCCACCUCAAACCCAGCUUCCUCGGCGUCUGAAAAGGGAAGGGAAGCCAGGAAUUGGGGGUGCUCAGGGCCAGACCCCACCCCCUGGGGCCCUGCCAUCGGGUUCUCUAUCUCAGGUCUGGAGAUUGAGGGUUUUGCGGCACAUGACAACCCCUCCUGCCCUGACAGCAGCCAACUUGAGUGGGGGAGGGUGGGCAGCCUCCUUCUGACAAGAGUUCGGGCAACGCCCACCCCUCUGGGCUAAGCAAGGGCCUAGGCCCAACAGCCAGCCGGAGAUGCGGGUCCAGUGAUGGCUCUCCACCUAGAUCUUGCCUGGCUUCUGGCCUCAGCGCUUCCUGCCACCCUGUGGCCUUGACCUGUAACCACUGUGUCCUUAGCUGGCCUGGUCCCCAGUCCCCUCCCAGCCUUCCUGAGGUGCAGCCCUCUUAGCCACACCUGGGGUCAGGGUCGGCCAAGCCAGCCCUCACUCCAGCUGGCCUGCAGCUGCGGUCAGCUUUGCUGCACGCGUCGGUGCAAGGGAGCCACCUGCAGGGGCCCGGGCCUGGGCCGCCGAGGCCGUCUCAACAGGCAGCUAGCCACCGUCCACAUGCCUCGUUGCCGUGCCUCAGUUCCUGCCAGCCCGGCUCAGCUGGUGCCCCAGCCCCUCCCCACCCACCUGCUCAGGGGGCGGCCAGGGGAGGCACCCCCUGUGGCAGCAGCGGUCCGCUGGACAGAGCCCGCAGCAGCACGGGAAGAGACAGGAUCCUGAACGAGGGUGACAGGUGCAUUGGAAUCACCUGGGAAUUUUGCUAAAACUGUGUUCAGGAGACCUGGGCGGGACCUGGGUUUCUGCCUUUCCCACAAAUUCCCAGGUGAGUGGAUGCGGAUGGUCAAGGAAUGACACUUAAACUAUCAAGGCUCUAAAACGCAAAUCCCUCCCAAAUUUUUGCCAUCCCCCACCCCCCACGCCACUUCAUGGUUCCUGCAAUCACCCGAGCAACCCCACCUGGUAUUAUCUCCCUGUACAGAGAAGGAAUGCCAUUUCCCAAACCACCGGUGGCAGCCCCAGGACCCAGCCUGGCCUCCUGGUGUUCAGUCCACUGCCCAUCCCGAGAAUCAUCCUGGAGGCUGUACCCUGGGCAGGGCUGUUGCUCUACCCACAGCUGGCCUCUCCUCUGCCCCAAGGGUCUGGCAGUGGGGGACAGGUUUUCACCAAAAAAGUCUGGCCCCAAGAGCUAUACAGAAAUCAACAAGCAGCAAUGUCCCUCUGCCCCUUUCUCCACUAGGGCAGGAGAGCAAGAAAGUACCCUCCCUCCCGGAAACCCAGGCUUUAGCUAACGGGGUCAGCUGGCCUGGUACCUCAGGCUGGCUCAGCUUCCAGAGUCGCCUCCCGCACGUGCUGGCCAGCUCACGCUCAGAGAGUCAGAGGUCUCACUGCAGGCUUGGGACGCCUUCCUUCUACGCCCCCUCCCACCGAAGAUUCGGUCUUUAGCCGGUCCUGGCCCCAGCUCGGGCUUUCACUGCUCUUGACCCUGCCUCCUUCAGGCCACAGGAGCGCCCACCAGUGCCAGGCCCUGGAUGCGGAGGUGACGGAGGCAGACUAGACAUCGCCCUCCCAGAGCAGCGACAGCAACAGUACAGUGGGCUGAGUACCCUCCAGGGGAAGCUUUCUUUUUGUCCCUGAUCAGUCCCCCUCCCUCCGCGGGCAGUAUUCAGGGAGGUUGCCAGGCCCUUUCUUCUGUUCCUACACCCUCUACUGCUGCCCCUUCCUGUUUCUGGGGAAUCGGAGCCCAGCCUCCAACCCUGAGGUGAUGACCCCCCCAGCCAGGCUUGGCCCCACAGGGCUGGUCCUGAACCGGGGCUGAGACACUGCCUUCCCCCCGGGGGAGCCUGCGUCCUGCUCUGAUGUGGGUCUGCACGGUCAGUUUUCUGCCUGGGUAGGCUGUAGUUGCUGUCCCCAAGUGGGGGCUGAGUCAGCUAGGCCCCUACCCACCUCCCCCAGCCAUCCCCGGGGGCUAAGGACUGCUCAGGGACACCCAGAGAUCAAGAAGUCCAGCUCCAUCUCCUUCAUUCUUCUCCCCUGCCCAGGAAGAGAGGCAUCUCAUUCUAGAAUGUAUGAGGUGGGAAGGGUCUCAGAACAUCAUCUAAUCCAGUGUUUCCUAACUUGUCCACCUGUGAUCAGACAGUUCGGGGCACUGCUGACCCAGCCCUUUGGAGGAGGGCUUGCUGAAGGUCACAAGCGAGCCAGAGGCAGUGCCAAGUAGAGCCCAAGCCUGAGGCCAGCCCAGAACCUCUUCCCGACCCUCCUCACGGCCUCAUGCUGGCACAGUCGGUGGAAGAACCGUAUUCCUCUCCUUGCUUUGGUCUCCCCAUGACAGAGACCGUGAGAAGGGAAUGUGCCAACAGGCCCAGGCUGCAGAGGCCGCAGCUGACCCCGGUCUGCCCUGCACUGUCCCCACAGCACCUGUAUGAUUUCCCGGGCAGGGGAGAGAGAACGAGGGUAGCAGGCAGCCAAACCCUGUGCCCAAUUCACAUCAGCAGUCAAGUGCCACAUGAUUUGGGUCUGUAUUGGGGCUGGCAGCCCUCCUCAAAGCCGGUUCCUUAACACUGAAUCCAGUUCCGCCUUUCAGCUUCUGGGCCAGGCUUCCCUAACAGCCUGGAAAAGGGCCCCUCGUUCUCUGAGAAGCUGGGGCCCCUGGAUCAUAUCGGGGAGUCAGGCUCCUCUCCAGGUUCCCGUUGAGCGGCAGAUGCUUGGAGGACGGACUCAGCACAUGGUCCUGCUGUAAUGCGGGGCAACGGGAGCUGUGGAGGGCUGAGCGGUAACAAAACCUGACUGCAGCUGGGCUGGUGGAGCGGGGUCGCCCUGUAAGGUGCCUUCAGGGAACGGAUCUCUGACGGACCCUCGGGAAGGGGCUCUGCCCCGAAUCUCUACCAGCCUGAUGCCAGCCCAGCAACCCUUCAGCCCCUCCAGCGGCUCAGGAGAAGAGAACGAGCAGUCAGAGGAAGUGUGGCUGGCCCUGCCUGGCACAAUCCCAUGGCAGCUCAGGGGGCUCCUGCCCAGCUGGGAAGCUUGCUGCUAUCUGACCUCUGGUGGGCAGACUGGGAACGGGAAAGCAGACAGCCCCACAGCCCAGUGCCCUGGGGGCAGGAAGGUUCACUUCAGUGUGAUUUAUAUGGAUUUAUUGUGAUUGGCACUGCUAAGCUCAGAGGAUCGAUUCCCAGCCAGAGACGGCAGCACUCUCCCUCCAGAGGGCACCCAGCCCCUUGCACAGCCUUCCCCUCAGAACCGUCCACCCAUGCUACACCCAGAAACAGCGCUGUGAGCGGUGCAGUUUGGGCUGAAGCAGUGAUGCCAGCCCUUGUGCUUCCACUGGUCCCUGAGGUGUCCCUCCAUCGGGACCUCUCCUCUCCCCUGGAGGCUUCUCCGGGACUGAUGGUAGAAAGGGCACACCACCCCCUGUUCCAAACGGCUCCCCCACCGCCUCCUGGAGUAGGACUGUCUGGGUUAAUUCUAGAUUAGAGUCCUAGGCUGGCACAGCCGUCUAGCUGGACCACUCUGCCCAAGGUAGACACUUGCCCUCUGAGGGGAGGUGCCAGUGUCGCUGGGGGCUGGGAUCCAGACGCAUACUUUCAGUUGCUUAGUGUUCGCUUCUCUCCCUUUGCCCUCUGUCCUCCAGUCCAGGCAGAUCAGGGACUCUGAGGAAACGGCUGGAAUUCAGGGCGAGGAUUAGUCUUUUCCAGCACCCUGUGAGAGACCAGAGAAAGGGUUCAGAUUUGACGUGGGGAGACAUCCUCAACUCUUAGAGAUGGGACACAGGCUUUACGGGGUGGGCACAUACAGGUAUUCCCUCCCAGAGCUGAGAGGUGGAAGACAAGGCAAUGUCCAGAGACAGGGCUCUGGAAAGCCACUCUUAAGGCUACAGGGGAAGAAGUCAGUAAGUCAGGCUAGCCUGGGGCUCAGUUUUAACUAGCUGAGGAAGCUCUCCAGGCUUCCCAUUAGCACGUUUCUGCCACCAUACUUCCAUCUGCAAAAUGGGAAUGGAGAAAGAGGGGAGCUGAGGGAGAGAGCACGGCCUUGCCAGCAUGCAAUGUUAGCCUGACCCUGCCCCUUCUGCCCCUCUGCCCCUCUGCCUUGCUCCUGGGGAGUAGCUCCCAGAUGAUUAGACAGCUGUCCACAAGGGGAGAAUCAGGGGGCAUGGUCCCAGGAAUAAGCUGGUUGGGAGGAGGAGAAAGAGGAAAACUUUGGGAUAAAUGGCAUUACCCAAUCAGAAUGGCUGGGAUGAAGAGGAGGCCAGCUCCCAGGAGGAAGGGGAACCCCUUCAUGAAGUUCAGGGUGGCUGGGUAGAGCGAGUUGAAAAUGCCAGAAGCCAUCAGCAUGGCCAAGCUAUUGGUGCAGGCCACAGCAGAAAAGAGAGCGCCUGUGAAGAUAAAAACAUCACACUCUGGGGUGUGAAAGACCUAGAUUCAAAUCCCAGCACCCCUAGCUCACCGCUGUGUGACCUGGGGCAAGUCACUUAACCUCUGAGUCUCACCUUCCUCAAUGAUAAAUCCUACAUUGUGUGUUGUGAUACAGAUUCAAUGAGGUCCCGUAUGGAGAGCAGUUGGCACAUGGGCUACCACACAAACGGCUGUUAUUAAAUCCAUGUAUUCAAAGUAUAUGUGAUAUCUUCUACCAAAAGCCUCAUAAAAUGGGUUUUGGUUAAUCCCCUUUGGGAAUCAUCUCCUGUUUGGGAUUAAUUGCUGGCUUAAUUCCCAGUUCCAACACUUAUUAUCUGUGUGAUCACUGAAUAAGUUGCUUAUCCUUCCGGG